AGCCUGAGAUUUGUGUUUUUUCUGCUUGAGCCGCGGCGUGCUGCUUUAACUGUUUGCAAUUUCCAGAUUUAUCAGAUUCUGUUUGAUAUCAGUCAGUUUCUAUUCGAAGCAAUUGAUUGCUUUUAUCUACAUUUUAUACAGGAAGAUAGAUUAUUUGAUUAAAAGAUAAAAUGGCCGAUCAACAAGUCGAUCUAUCCCUUCUCUCCCCGCAACAGCUCAGCGAAGUCAAGAGCCAACUCGAGCAAGAAUUAGAGCACCUCACGCAGUCGUUUCAGAAACUGCGACAGGCGCAGGCAAAGUUUCAGGAGUGUAUCGUGUCGGUUGAGAAGACGACCAAGGCUGAGAAUAAAGGCAAAGCGAUUCUGGUGCCAUUGACGUCGUCGCUGUAUGUUCCAGGCACGAUUGAGGACGUUGAGAACGUGAUUGUCGAUGUCGGAACCGGAUACUACGUCGAGAAGAGCCCCAAGGAUGCCAAAGUAUUCUACGAAACAAAGGUCAGCACGCUACAGAAGAAUCUCGGCGAUUUGGAAACGAUAGUGAACGGCAAGGCCGGCAAUCUGCGGGUCGUGGACGAGGUAUUGCGGCAGAAGGUUCUUGCUGCACAGCAGGGGAAGACGGCGGCGUGAGUGUACAUAGAUUUUAAUUAUAAAGUAUAGCA